UUUAUUUUGUUUAAUUUUGCAGUUCCACCAGCCGGUACAAUCAUUGCCCUGCCAGGCUCAAACGUUACUCUGCCCUGCCUGGAAGGGGAGCUCGCAAACCAGACCUUGGUGCACUGGAAGUUCGAAGGGCGACCUGUGGCUUCCCCCCCUGCCGUGUGGGACACCCCAAAGUCAGCCCUUUUUCUGCCCUCCAUCCAUCACAACCAUUCUGGCUCUUACAGCUGCUCCGAGGACAGCCGCGUUCUUCGCACCCUGCGCCUGGUAGUAGAAGAACCUCCCAAGGCACCAGAUUUUUCCUGCUUCCGUAGGAGCUUAGCCAAGGAUAUUCUGUGCGAGUGGAGAACAUUGUCCCCGGUGUCACCGCGCACCAAAGCUUCACUUUGGGUGCAAAGGUUCAUGGGGGAAAACCGCACGGAGCAGCAAUGCCGUCAUUACAGCCGGUCCCAGAAGUUCUUAUGCCGCGUUCAAGGGCUGAACAACGAAGAAGACGUCGUUCUCCUGGUGUCCGUCUGUGUGGCCAACUGGGCAGGGACUGCGCGUGGCCACAAAUCCUUCCAUACAGACUUUUUGCUGAGGCCAGAUCCCCCGGCCAACGUGCAGGUGAGCGCCGUGGAGAAAGACCCGCACAAACUCCACGUCACCUGGAGGAAUCCACAGUCGUGGGGAUCCAAGUAUUACCACCUCCAGUUCCAGCUACGCUACCGGGUGGAAACUUCCCGCACGUUCUCCGAGGUCCAUCUGAAGCAUGGGGUGACCUCCUACACCAUUGUUGACGCGGUGCAACAUUUCCCCCAUAUCGUUCAGGUGCGGGGCCGGGAAGAAUUUGACCAUGGAAAUUGGAGUGAAUGGAGCCGAGAAAACAUUGGUAUUCCCUGGUCAGAUUCGCAGGAGUUCAAGCCAGAAACAACCUACUACAAUUCAGAGGUCCCGUUUGACCCGGAUGGCGCCACCACCUUCGUGCCUACGGCCUCCGUGCCCUCCAGCCACACCGAUAAGCCAGUUGUGGUGAAAAGCGCCGUGGCGGUCCCGCUGCACACGUUUCUCAUCAUGGCGGUUAGCAUCACCCUGGGCCUGGCCUUGGUGGUUGGCGUUCUCACCCGGUGGUGUUGGUAUUCCAGGUACAGGAAGAAGUGGGGGAUCCUGCCGUUUGGAGAAAUCAAACCCAACCCCGUGCCGUCCUACUCCUUGACGCCUUUGUCUCCGGAGCCUCCCAUGAGCACCUCCCCCCUCCUCCCCUCGCCCACCUCGCCCUUCAGCGAGAGCUCGAUCGACAGCCCACGCACCCCAGACCACAGCCCUUACGAUGUCUCCAACGCGGACUAUUUCUUAUUGCCCAAGUAAAGGGCCAUGGGCCAGACCCUCACGGUGCCACACGAUGGUUGGCCUCCACGAGACGUGGGUGACCCACCGCCCUGCAGAGAGACCUCUUCGAGCAUCAUUGCAGAGCAUUUCUCCCCAAGACCUCAGAGCGGUCGAGGCGUCUGGAAGCGCCCCUGCCUUUCACGGACCGGAUUGGAGACGGGGGUCUUCAAAGAGGGGGAACGUGGGAGACAUCCAAAGCUGACCUCUUUCUGGCCAUUUUUGGAGGACGUGUCGCCUCGAGGCUGCAGAAGACGGUAAAUGUGAGGUCGCUAGUGUGGUGGAUGAUGGUUUCCAGGCCGAGGGAGCCCCCCUCCGUGGCCCACCGUGCUCGCUUUCCAGAUGUUGUCACUUUCAGCCUGAUCCUGCCAGUUUCACCUUGUCAGUUUCGAGGCCUCCUCAGUUACCCAUUUUCCACACCUUGUGGGUUUCCGCCUAUUUUUUCGCAAAGCUGUCCCAUCCUGUUUCUGCAUCAGUCCGCGUUUAUUGGGGAUGCACAGACAAACCCCCCCCCAAAAAACUUUCCUUGCUUUUAAAAAGACAGAGUUUCCCUAAAAACAUGGAUUUUUUACGCAGAUCAUCCCAACGAACGCGUUUGCUGUUCGCCUUGCCCUACCUCAGUCUGUGACUUUGGCAUCCUUCCCACCAAAAAACAGGAGUUUAGGGAUUCCUUUUUGCCUGAAAAGGUGCCUUUUUGUCUGAUUUUCCCCCUUCGAGGAUGCAGGGGGCGGGGGGAUGCUGUUUAUCCUGAAUUUGGGGAAGUCAUUUCAGGCCUGUUUUUAUGCCUUUUUCAGCAAAAAAAAAAAGAGGUUUCCAAAAGGUGAAGAUCGGGAAGAACAGACGCUGAACCGCCUUCGAAUCCACGCAACACAGCUGGUUUGCUUACAGAUGUGAAGCGUGAAAUAGGGGAAUCUGCUGGUUCAGACUCUACUGUACUUUUAACACAACGGGAAUCUUAUUUUUCCUUUGGGGUUUUAACAGUAUAUUUUUAAAGUUCCUGGCAGAGAAGUCUCCUAAAAAUAUUUUAGAUCUGUGGUGCCAGACCGGGAAUCUGGGUGCUUGGCGUGAUGGUGCCGACCCUGAUGCUCUGCUCACGGAGUUACGAAUUGGGGGUGCACUUCUUGUACCUUGCAAGUCAGCCCUGUACUCAGUGGAAUUGGGGGUGAACCGUCCCCCCUUUAUUGCAGGAAGAAAGUGGUGGAUUUACCGCUCAAAUAGUUGGGUCACAGAGAACCGGCUGCCUUCUAUGUUACGAAACUUUUUAAUUUUUUUCAGGGUUGUUUUCUGCUGCUCUUGGUUGUGCAAAACAGCUGCUCAGUGUGUGUGUGUGUGUGUGUGUGUGUGUGUGUGAAAUGUUCUUUCCUUUGCUUUUUUUCCCAAAGGUCAGAGCGCGGGCAUUAUUUGGCUGUUUUUCUGCUUUUUUAAGCGUGGGUUGAUCACUUGCCCUUCGUAGGUCCAAGGGGACGUUGACCCCUGUCGCCAAAAUCUCCCCGAAAUAGAUGAACGGGGGGACCCAAAGUCUGAGAAAGUUACAUCUGAGAAGUCAUUCCUUUAUGGGAAAGGGGACGAAAGGUUGCUGAAGGUCCUCUUCGAGCCGUGCCGGGUCGCUGGUUGACUUGUCGGAAAUUUGGGAAGGGGGGCUCUUAAGUCCUUACAACCGAGUCGGACGAGAAAUCUCGCUCGCUUAGGAAUCAUGACCACGUUAGGAAAAGUCCUUUAAGCUCCAUUUUUUCUUGGGUGCUGCUUCGGGCUGUGUGCUUCUAAAGACGGGGCUGUGGUUUUUGAAUCAAAGCUGCAGGUUGUGGCCACCCCCCACGCAUUUCCCUUCCCUGGUCCCUGGACGCCAGACGGGUGGCCACAUCAUAGCAUUGUGCAAUCCAGGCCGCACUGCCUGUUCCCGGAGACAAACGGCACAGUUUUGGGCCCUGGAAAUGCAGUUGCCCAAAAUGGGAAAUGCAGUUGCCCAAAAUGCAGUGGAGACUCGGUUGGAAAAAGACGCUGUGGCCCUCCACUAAAUGUAUUCACGAGACCAGCGCAGUUGAUGGAAAAAAGGAUUAUCGAGCUCAGUGUUUCUCAACCUCAGCCACUUUAAGACGUGUGGACUUCAACGCCCAGAAUU